AUAGCUAUCCAUCUCGGCAGCUUUCAUCAAGUGUUCGUAUAUUGCCACCUGCCCCCUGUCACUUAGAAUCCUGUAUCGAGACGCACAACUCCUCUCAUUACCCGGCCAUUUUCAACAACACGAUACAAUAUGUCGAAUCCCCAGACCCCUUCCAGCGCCGACUUCUCCUCUGCCAGUACACCUCUCAAGAAGUUUAAAUUGGUGUUCCUUGGGGAGCAGAGUGUAGGAAAGACAAGUUUAAUUACCCGAUUCAUGUACGAUACCUUUGAUAACACGUACCAAGCAACAAUUGGUAUCGACUUCUUGUCGAAGACCAUGUAUCUGGAAGAUCGCACGGUACGAUUGCAACUGUGGGAUACAGCUGGACAAGAACGAUUCCGAUCCCUCAUCCCAUCCUACAUUCGAGACUCCUCAGUCGCGGUCAUUGUGUACGACAUCACUAACCGGACAUCUUUCCAAAAUACUUCAAAGUGGGUCGAUGAUGUGCGAAAUGAGCGAGGGCAGGACGUUAUAAUUGUGCUUGUGGGGAACAAGACAGAUUUGAAUGACAAGCGUCAAGUUACCCCUGAAGAUCUUGACAAACGGGCGAAAGAACUCGGUGUGAUGUCAAUUGAAACCUCUGCCAAAGCCGGCCAUAAUGUCAAGACACUAUUUAAGAAGAUUGCCAUGGCUCUUCCCGGGGGAAGUGAAGCAAAGGACAACGGCACGACAAAAAUCGACGUUUCAUCCUCUCCUCAAGAAGUCCCUCAGGCCUCUGGCUGUUCAUGUUAGGCGUUGUAGCGAUCGUCACGUAUACGUAGUUGUUUGGCUUACAUUGUGUGUUUGAUACAGUAAUUGGGAUUCAUGAUACCCCUCUUUCUUGCCUGUAGUUGACUUAUAUGCACAACUUGAAGAGCAGG